AUGAUUGCGUUACAAAAUCGGCCUAUCUUGCCGCCCGCCAAAGUGGAUAUCUCACUACUACUCAAGCCCCAAGAUGAGGAAGAAACCUCGGGCAACCCUGCCCCUCUCUAUCCCCCAAGGAUGUCAGGUCCCCUCCCCGGCACCUCCUACUUGACUGGUCCGUCGAUGGCUGUGCCACCGCCCUUGACCAAGACGGGCCCAACUGGCGCUCCUAAACGUCUCCAACCAGCUCAUACCGCGGAAUCGCCUGCUAAGAAGCAAUCCAAAUGGUCACCCGAGGAGGAUGCCUUAAUCAUCGAGCUACGGGGCAGCGGGAUGAAAUGGGAGGAUAUCAGUAAACGCCUGCCAGGUCGCAGUGCCAUCAGUUGUCGACUUCAUUAUCAAAAUUACCUGGAACGUCGCAGCGAGUGGGAUGAAGAUAAGAAAAACAAACUGGCUCGCUUAUAUGAACGAUUCAAGGCAGAAAUGUGGUCCAAAGUGGCCGAGGAAAUGGCCAUCCCAUGGCGUGCUGCAGAGGCGAUGCACUGGCAACUAGGGGAACAAGAAAUGGCUCGCCGCGCAGGCGUGGUGCCCUUUUCCUUAUCAAGCCAUGCGAUCGAUCCACCCACCACCCGAACUCGUCGAGCCAGCACCUCUCUCGCUCGCCCACGAAAGAGUUCCAUCUCCCGCGCCAUUCCAGGUCACCCAUCAGGCCUGGCCCCUCAACUACCAUCCCUGGAAGAAUUGACUGCGGGUGUUCCUGCAUAUGCACCUGCACCACCGGCUCCUCAACCUCGAGAGUACUAUGGAGUGGGCCGACCCGAUAUGGGAAUUCCACCCCCCGGAAUGAUGGGCCCACAUAUGGGGAUGCCUAUGCCCCCACGAACGUUGCCCUAA